CAGCCACUAACUUAGCAAACGGCCAAUCAAUCGACUUACGCGAUCAGUCUUUACCAACACGUGUGCCAGGUGAAACGCUCAAUCGCGAGCGGUGAAAUCGAAGCGCGAAAAUAAGUUCUCCUUCGUUCGGAUAUUGUUUUCGAUAGAAAUUGGUCUGAUUCUAUCAAAAUGCAACAUUGCUGACACCAUUCUGACCGUGGAAAAUUCAGUUUAGGUAAAGCAAAGUGCACGCUUCGCGUUUAACUCCAAUCGCUGGUAGGGCACGCGAUUAAUCACGGAUGGAGCAACACUUGGAUGCAAUUAGCGAGUGAACUUUUUUUUUUUUGCACAUUAGAAUUGUUUUCCCUCGUGUGAUCGCGAUAUGCCCCCCGGAGAGGAAUUUGAAUUAACCUCGAAACCGUUGCUCAACUUUGUGCCGUCGAGUCUACGGUUUCAGAAUGUUUGCUACGCUAUCGAAGGGAAAACCAUACUGAAUAACGUUUCGGGGCGUUUCAAGCAUGGACGAUUGGUGGCGCUGAUGGGACCCUCGGGAGCGGGGAAAUCCUCACUCCUCAAUGUUCUCGCCGGUAUGAAGCUGUUCGGGUUGAGUGGAUCGAUUGCGAUCAAUGGUGAACCGGUGGAGGAGAAUGAUCCUCGAAGUGUUUACGUCGAGCAAGAUUGCCCUUUGCUCAGUUAUCUCACCGUGCGGGGGACAAUGACCUACGCUGUGGACAUGAAGAUGACCAGAAAGACGCCGGCCAAGCUUAAAAGACAGAGGAUCAAGGAAAUUUUAGAGCUUCUGGGAUUAGAAAGUAGCUCCGCUACGCUAGUGAAGAACCUUUCCGGCGGGGAACAGAAGCGGCUGGCGGUAGCCGUGGAGUUGAUCACGAAUCCAGCCGUAAUGCUGCUGGAUGAACCCACCAGCGGUUUGGAUAGUGUGGCGUCCGCGCAGAUCAUAUCCCAUCUCAAAUCGCUCGCCAUGGGAGGCCGAACGAUCGUUUGCACGAUCCACCAACCAGCUUCUAGUUUAUUCCAACUUUUCGAUGACGUCUUCCUGCUGGUCGAGGGACGUUGUUUGUACACGGGAUCAGUGGAGGCUAUGAUCCCAAAGCUCGAAUCCUCCGGAUUCAGCUGCCCCGAAUACUACAACCCAGCAGAUUUUGCGAUAGAGGUGCUCACAUCCGACAACGAACAGGCAAAGCAAUACCUCAUUACACAAACCACGGAGGAAAUGAGAGAACUCUUCGAGACAGGCCCCUCUAGUCCAACACUGACGCGGCCGGGUGUAGGCGUAAAGCGGUACCAGGUUCCAUUCUGGUAUCAGUUUCUGGUUCUGCUCAAACGAUCCGCGAUUUCAACCGCCAGAGACGAGUUCUUCCUCAAAGUUCGCGUCGGCUUGUGCCUCGCUUUGGGACUCGUCUUCGGUGUGGUACACUAUGACAUAGGAAAUGACGCCACCAAAGUGAUAGCGAACGCCGGAUGCUUCUUCCAGCUGUUUGCUUUCGUCUACUUCUCGAACUCAAUAGCUGUUAUCAAUUACUCAGAGGAAGCGAAUGUAGCUAUCAAGGAGAUUGCAAACAAUUGGUACUCACGGGAGGCUUACUUCCUGUCCAAGCUACUCAACGAUCUGCCGCUUCAGAUCCUCUGUCCGAUACUCAUGGUACCUCCGAUGUAUUACCUCAGUGGACAACCGCUGGAGCCCACGCGAUUCGCCAUGGUGUGGACCAUGUUCUUUCUGGGUGGAAUUGUCGGACAGAGUAUUGGUCUGCUGGCGGGGAUUUGCUUCGACUCGAAGACGCAGAACUUCGUGGUGGCGAAUGCCUGCAUCGUUCCGAUCCUAUUCUCGGGGUUUAUGAUUAAUGCCAAAGAUUUAGUGCCGUAUUUGAAACCCCUCAGCUCGGUGUCCUUCUUCCGGUAUCAGUUUCAUGGCGUUAUGCAGGCUUUGUAUGGCUUUGGGAGAGAAAAUUUGAGUUGCAAGCAAGUUUACUGUUAUUACAAGAGACCAUCCAGUAUUUUGGAGCAGUUCGAUAUUGAACCUGAUGGUUUUGAGCGGAACCUGUUGAUUCUUGCGGUGAUAGUGGUGGUCUUCCAGCUUGCUAUUUAUUUCGCUUUUGUUGUUAGAUUACGACGAAUAAAGUGAUGUGGAUAUAUUAUAUUU